GGACGUACAAGCUGUAAACAUGAUUUUAAGGAAUUUUUAAGUAUCAGUCGGUAAUAUCAGAAAUAUUUCACAUUCUUUCCAAAUCAGCCAUCUUUGUCGUUGUUUCACGAUAUUUAUAAAACAUAUAAAUCAAAAUGGAAAACGAUGCUGGUGUAGUUGUUGACAAAUACUGUCCACGAAAAUGUUCUGCAAGUAACAGAAUCAUCCACGCUAAAGAUCAUGCUUCAAUCCAACUAAGCAUUGCCGAAGUUGAUCCAGAAACCGGUCGUAUGACUGAAAACUCAAAAAUGUAUGCCCUUUGCGGUGCUAUCAGACGGAUGGGUGAAUCAGAUGAUUGUAUUGGACGAUUAGCUAAAAAAGAUGGUAUUUUAGCUAAAAACUUCUAAUAAGAUAACUAUGUAUUUUGUAAUAUAAGUUAAUAAAAAAAUUAUAAAAAAA